AUGUAAAUAUGUAGGUAUCUGGACCACGGAGCACUUUGCCAGAUGCCUCUUGCCCUCACUAUAGUUGAAAUCAUCAUCAGCACAUUUCCAGCUUGUGUAAACACAAUAAAAGGCAGGGUUGGCUUCAGGUCACAUAUACUGCCCAUGGCUUUCAUCUGCAUGAAAGUUUGAUUCUAAUGGAGACAAAGGCAGUCCUCUGGGCACAAGGACUAACACGGGCAUAAAAGAAAAUUGCUUCGUUUUCUUGCUUAUAGGUCAAAAUGCAGAACCCUGACUGAGAGGGAGGUCAGUGUGCAGAGAUGGCUAUGGUAUGCCUCACAGACUUUGAAGAGUAUGCUAAGGAGCAUCUUUCAAAGACCACCUGGGACUAUUAUGCAGCUGGAGCAGAUGAAUGUUGCACCAGGGAUGACAAUAUACUGGCUUACAAAAGGCUCCGUCUGCGGCCUCGUAUCCUGCGGGACGUUUCUGUGAGCGACACUCGCACCACGGUGCAGGGGACAGAAAUCAGCUUCCCUGUUGGUAUUGCACCUACAGCAUUCCACUGUCUGGCUUGGCAUGAAGGAGAGGUUGCCACAGCUCGAGCCACAGAGGCUCUCAACACCUGCUACAUUACCAGCACAUAUGCCACCUGCUCAGUGGAGGAGAUUGCAGCAGCGGCACCAAACGGCUACCGCUGGUUCCAGCUGUAUGUGUACCGGGACAGGAAGCUCUCAGAGCAGCUCGUGCACCGAGUAGAGGCGCUCGGCUUCAAAGCCCUGGUCCUCACCGUCGAUGUUCCUUAUACCGGAAAGCGCCGCAACGAUAUUCGCAACCAGUUCAAGCUGCCACCACACCUCAAAGUCAAGAACUUUGAGGGAAUAUUCCAGGAGACUGGCGUCCCGGAGGAGUAUGGGAUACCGGCCAACACCUUGGACCCCUCCAUCAGCUGGAAGGACGUCUACUGGCUGCAGUCCAUUACCCGCCUCCCCAUUAUCAUCAAGGGCAUCCUGACCAAGGAGGAUGCCGAACUGGCCGUGGAGCACGGAGUCCAAGGCAUUAUUGUGUCUAACCAUGGGGGCAGACAGCUGGAUGGAGGCCCAGCCUCGAUUGACGCUCUGGCAGAGAUCGUGGACAUGGUGCAGGGGAGGAUUGAGGUCUACGUGGACGGAGGAAUCAGGACAGGGAGUGAUGUGCUGAAAGCAUUGGCCUUGGGAGCCAAGUGUGUGUUCAUCGGCCGUCCAAUUGUGUGGGGCCUUGCAUACAAGGGGGAGGAGGGAGUAAGGGAAGUACUUCAGAUCUUGAACGAUGAGUUCCGUUUGUCCAUGGCUUUAUCAGGUUGCAGGAACGUAGCUGAAAUCAACAGGAACCUCAUUCAGUUUUCUAAACUCUGACACAGCAGCAGAGGGCAGCACUGAGGACGAUAGCAGUGUCAACGAUCAGCAGGACUCACUAAUUCAGUUAGUGCUGAAAGAGAGCCUGAGGUUUUAUCAUGACUAAAACAAAAAGUAAAAUCAAGAAAUAUUUUACUCAGAAGUCAUUUCUGUCAUGCCAGGAAAUCGGAGUACAAACAAGCAACGUCCAUAAUCUGAAAUGAGCUUGUGUCUGACAUCCUAUGUGUAUUCAGACCAGAUCGUAUGAAUGACAGAAUGUUGUGAGAAAGCUAUGAGUGGCGGCAGAUUAGCAAGUGAUUAAUGAAAGUGUUUUUGAUUUGAAAGUGGAAUGAAUGGGAACACCUAUUAUGAAACCAGCUAAUUUCUUUUGGUUUUAUUGUAAUUAAUGCGAAAGGUAAUGAUACCCUGUACACUGUAGUUAAAAUGCUGCCAGUGCUUGUGGUGGAAUAAAUGCCUGCUGAGGUGAAAAAGA